CGAGUGGGAGCAGAGGUGCUCAGGACCAUGGCUGAGGCCAUCACCUAUGCAGACCUGCGAUUUGUGAAGGCUCCCCUGAAGAAGAGCAUCUCCAGCCGCCUAGGACAAGACCCAGAGGCUGAUGAAGACGGAGAACUCACCUAUGAGAAUGUUCAAGUGCCCCCAGGCCCAGGAGGACCCUCAAGCUUGGCUUCCGCUGGAUUAGGGGACAAAGCAGGGGUCCAGUCGGAGCAGCCAACUGCCGCCUGGAGCCCCGUGACGUCACCAGCUGCCGGGCGGAUUCUUCCCUGCCAAGCAUCCUACGUGCAGUACCUCUUCCUGGGCCUGCUCCUCACCUGCCUGCUGUUAGGGGUGGCUGCCAUCUGCCUGGGAGUGCACUAUUUCCAGGUGUCUCAGCAGCUCCAGCAGAUGAACAGGGUUCUGGAAGCCACUAACAGCACCCUGAGGCAGCAGCUGCGCCAAAAGAUAACCCAGCUGGGGCAGAGGGAAGAGGAUUUGCAGCGGUCCAGGACGGAGCUGGCCCAGAGUCAGGAAAGACUACAGGUGGAACAGAAGGUUGGCCAGGCUACCAAAGAGCAGUUGCAGGCCUGCCAGUCAGAUGGGGAGAAGACAAAAGAGGCCUUGAGAAAUAAGGAGAUACAAAGGAUGAACUUGGAGCAGAGGCUGAGCAGCGUGCAGGACACACUGAAGCCCUUCUUCACAUGCCCCUCACCAGAUUCCUGCUGUCCCUUGGGAUGGAUACCGAAUGAGAGGAGGUGCUUUUACAUCUCAAUUACUAAGAGAAAUUGGGAGGACAGCCAAAGGCAUUGUAAAUCUCUGUCCUCUGAACUGGCCAAAAUCAGCGACACGUCUUAUUCACAUGGAACUUAUUAUGCCAGAAGCUUACGUAAGGUGUUGGUACAAGGUGGUUCAGCUGAAUCAUACUGGAUUAACUUCAGAAAUCAGUUCUGGCCGUGGAAUGAUGGUACAAGAUACAAUGGGUAUUAUAGUCAAAGCCAAAGAUGUACCAAGGUAGAUGGCGAGUGGCAGGCAAGUCUGAAGGUAGAGGACUGUUAUUCUUCUCUUCCCUCCAUCUGUGAGCUGGAAGCUUUCAGGUAUCCAGAUGCGGACCGCUCUUUGCACUGAGCUGGAUACUCACGCCAACAAGAGCCUAAGCUGUAGCCUGCAGGUCCUAAGAUCCACCGCCCUCCAGCGUGUCCUCACUCUGCCUGGACAGUGCCUGGCCAAGGGCUGAUCCAUGCCCAACAUUUCUAGGCAAGCCUGCUGCCAAUAGAGAUCCUGUCCCAGAAACUGGACUGUUCCCAGGGAAAGUGUGAAGCAGCUU